AUGGCUUCAAAAAUUCGGGGCCUUAUCUUAAUUGCGGCCAGUUAUUGUUUAAUUUCAGCUGCUAUCGAUCCUACAAUUUUAGACAUUUGUAAUUAUUCUGUCAAUGAUAGAAGAGUUUCUUGUAGACCCGAAAAGUAUGGGUUGCUAAAAUUUAGCCCUGAUGAGGGCAUAACUUUCAAGAGUGCCAUUUAUGGCCCUAUUAAUAUUUGGGAUGGAAGAUCUUCUCAAAAUUGGAUUAAACUUCUCGAAUUCGACACUUUCGAUGCAAUUCCUCAAUUGGUGACCAUUCAUAUUACCGAUGGCGUAAACUUCGGAACGCUGUAUUAUAAAUGGGAAAAAGGUGCUUUUGUUAUAAUAAAAAGUGAAGCUAGCCUUCUUUACAGGACUGCACUUACUCAAAAUGUUAUAGUCGACAACAGCGUGUACCUUGAUCUUAAGAAGGAGCUGAAUAGAGUCAUCUUUGACUGUGAGGAUAAGGAAUACCACGGAGUAAAAUUUUCGAUCGUGUACCCAAAGAUCACCUACAACUUAGUUGGAGUUUUCUAUGGGACGCAAAUGGUGUUUAAGUCAGACAAAGUGUACAACGUGGUGGUUAAGAAGUUCAAAAACGUCCCCAGGCUAAUCAUGGUCAAUUCCGAUGACAGCAGCGACCUUCAGAUGUUCGUCCUCAGGGAAAAGUGGGAACAGUGUGACAGUGCAGAGGCGCAAAAGUUCAUCAAGAAAAUUAUCGAUUAUGAAAGGGACCACCCUCCGAUUGUGCAGACCUACGACGAGGUCGUUUACACGUCGCUCCAGUGUCCGCUCUACAUACCUGAGAUGUACAGCGAACAGAGGAUAAUAUCGAUGAGUCUGAACACCCUAUGCCCAACCUACCCGAUUUACUAUUUUCCGGGCACCUCCCCCGAUCCCAAAACGGUGUUUCUAGACCUGAACGAUGUGACGCAAGAGUUCAUAGAGGCGACGAUGAGGCACGAGGACUUCGAUAUACUUCACGUGAGGUCGAAGAGCGGAAUCAAGGUCUCAUCGAUAAUAGAGUCUGGAUGCCUUGUUUGGGAAAAUGAGAGAGAGUACUCGAUCAAGGAGCUCUUCGUGUACAAAAGGAACGAGCUCCCAGUGCUCAUGAAGUUACACCUGUACAGAUCUGGGGAUAAAACCUUUUUCUUUUACAGAAGGUUCGGCAAGUUGUAUCCCACUCCGAGGGAGGAGUUCCACAGGCUUUUCGCCAAGUGGAAGCGCGGAGACACCUACGACAAGACCAUCGCAUAUUCACUCUACGGGUCAAACAACAAGUUUCUGUUCAAGGAGAUCCACGACGUCAACGAUGGAGUGUACAACCUAUCUGUGUACCCUCACGAGAUGUUCGAGCUCGUCAGGAUAGUCAACGGAGCGAAUGAACUCAUCAGGCCCAACGAUGAAAGGUGGCCAACAUUCACAGUCACACUUUUCGACUCCACACACAAGAUAUUAUCACUUAACUACAUAAAAAACGACGUCGUCGACAUAAAAUUUUACAAAUGCACUAGCUAUUUCACUGAAAUUGAGCAGAAGAUGCAGCAAAACCUGUUUCACCAAUACAAAUCACAAAUACACACACAAUCGGAAGUUUUCUUCGAUUUAGCGAAGACGAACAUACCCAAAUAUAACAACUUGACGGAAAAGGCCAGUGAGCUCAUACCAUUGAGUGGCUUCUAUGUGAAAAUGAUCGUACACGGCGAUUUCGUGUUAUGGAAAUCGUACAAGGCCAGAUGCACGGCGGUGAUGGCCCUUAAAACAGAAACCCUGAACAUGAUUAAGCUAAAGAUUCUUGACGAAAAUAGGACCUCUGAGUUGUACUUUAGAGUACUCAAAGACAAAUUUCUCAGGCUUGAAAUGGACGAAUAUAAUUUUAUUAAAAGAAAGGCUGUUGAGAACAUUAGGUAUCCGGAGGCAAAGGCGAUUAUAGAGAGGUCAAACGUGUACAGGGUGCCGAUUAACAACUACAACCCCUUUGAUGCAGCCAGGCCCACGUCUUUCUCAGUGUCGUACACGGACCUGGAUAGCCUGCUCCUGGAUACCACCUAUAGUACCAGGGAAGGCUACGGCUUUAACAACAUAACGUACGACGAUAAGCCUUUGUGGAAACCACAUAACUCAACGCACUUUAUCACCAGAUUUAACUUGCACUUUUUCGAAUCGAAGCCAAUUCUCGGCAAGUUUGAAGGCAAGGUAAAUUAUCAGCAGAUAGUUGAGUUCUAUGAUUUCUCAAAGGGGUACCCAGUAUUGCUUGAUAAGCAAAGCUUCGACAAGUUCUACAGCGAGUACUCAGACGAGGUGCAGAAGACAGUCCUUAAAAACAAUUUGAAGUACACGCUCGUGUUGGACCUGCUUAAGUAUGACAACUUUAACGCAACUGGGAGGAGGUGGGACGGUAUGAUCAGUAUCGAGUACGUUCACAAGGAGCAGCUGACGGUCGACGCUGUCUUCUUCGGCUACGAGAUCCUCUGGGCCUCAGUGAACGGAGAACGCGCCAAGAAGGUGACGGCCAUUUACUACGAAAAGUUCCCCAUGAUUAUCCAGUUGCACAUGACUGGCACGAACCUCAUCAAGUACCUAUCGCACUACAACAGUCUGUGGCACGAGAUCAACCCUGACACGCUGAAGAGCGAGAUGCAGACGCUCCUCGACUUCGAGCCCAAGAGAAUCCGGUUCACGCUUCCCGAGUUAAACGAGGAGACUGAGUACGACGACAACUCAUUCAAGGGUGGCCACUUCACGGCCCGAAAGUUUAUAUCGAAGAAUAACCUGGUCACGACCAUCCUCGACGGACGCAACAAGCUGUACAGCCCCGACGCCUUCAGCUUCAUCGAGUGCAUUCUCCUUUACUACCACGGCAACACUCCGCAGCUGCUCUCCUUUCGGGAGAAAAACCUUUUCGGCUACUCCUUUGACCACUACUUCGCGUACAGGAACGGCUGGAGGCCCGUCGCCUUCUCCCUCUUUGAGCAGUUUUACAACUACUUCGUGAACCGCGUCCCGAAGGAGCAGUGCAUCCGCAACUCCUUCGUGUACGACAUUCUGAAGAAGGACAGCAGGGUCAACGCCACCGUCGAGCCCAACAAGGAGUACCUCAUCAAGUUCGAGGUCACGGACCAGGACUACUCCAUUUCUGCGAUUCGCAACGGCGACGAGGCCAUUUGGGAGGCCCCCAAGGACAGGAUCUUGGAAACCUUUUACAUAUACCGCGACCGGAAGACCCCCGUCAUUGCCCGCGUCAUUGAAAUUGACUGCAACCAGCAGAAGCAGGACAUUUUCAUAAAGCUGUUCAAGACUGAGUGGAAGGAGAUUGACGUCGUCCAGUUCAACGACACUGUCACCGGCCUUAAACAGAAGUUCGACUCUAUGAGGCCCGCCGCCACUGAGACCGAGUCUCCUGACUCCUCCGACGAGCUUCUCCAGGGUCACCAGCGUCGCCGUCGCGUUAGAAAGGCUUCUUCUUACACUUCCCUCACUCCCUACUUCGACUGCACUUUGGACUUGGCUCAGACUAUUGACAUUGAUAAGUUUAAGUUCCUCACUGGGUUCUACGAUCGCGUCGUUCCCUUUAACUAUUACGAGCCCAAGCUUGACAUUGUCAUAAAGGGUGUUAGGAUCGGCGAGAAAUUUGUCUGGCGCACUUCCAGCGAUGUUCUUUCCUGUGCUUCCAUAAAGUGCUACUUCAAGGACAACUUUCCUGUUCUCUUCGAGAUCCUCAUUGCCGACUCCUCCAGGGCCCGUUCCAAGAAGUUCAAGUACAUUACUUACGACCAGUCUGAGGACAAGUGGAAGAAUUGCGACCAGGCUAUCUUCGACGCCACUCUCAAGGAUCUCGCCACUUCUCUGUCUUCCAAAACCAUACCUGUGUCUGCUCCUUCCUUCCAGAUUUGA